UGGGCUCGCUGCCAGGAUUACUUUGUUCGGAGGACUUAGGACAGUUUUCUACUUCAUUGAUCACGCUCUCGGACCUGACAUUGCUACCGGUGAGGCUGAUCCUAACAUUGUAUAUACAUGCUGGAAUAUAAGACAGUUCGAGAACAAGCGCGCACGCACACACACACGUAAUCAAAGCUGUCAGUAUUAUCUCUGUGGUUUAUGGGUUUGUUAUUUAUGUUAUGUGAAAUUGUUAAUACAUGGAGGUUGUUUGCUAAACUAAUCUAAUGAUAUUUGUGAUCUCUUGCAAGUGGACUAGACAAUGGGAACAGGCGUUCCAAUAUAUAUUGGACACUCAGUUGUUUAAAUAGCAGCGGAGUGUUACACAUUAUCGCAUUUCUAUAUUUCAAAUCCAUUAAAGGAUUAUUAGGCAGCAUUAAUUAGGUCAACCAGAACCGGGGACACUUCCCAUAAUAUCCGAUGUACUUGCUACAUCAUAAAAAGAAUGUCAUCUACGCUAAUAUUACUCACAUUCAUUCUUAUUCUGAGGUAACCGUAGCCAUACAGAUCCAGUCCAUAUCCAGACCAGAUGGUGGAUCAGCACCUAGAGAUGACCUCUACAGCCCUGAUCGUCAGCGGAGACCAUGUCAACUAGAUGAACCCCAGAGACAGAUCCCUAGUGAAAACCUUGUCACCUCGAUGACAAACUAUUUUCCUGUAUGAUACUGUAAAACUGCUUUGACACAAUUAGUAUUGUAUAAAGCACUAUAUAAAUAAAGGUGACAAUGUUUUCUAUAAGCGAUUUUCUGAAAGACAGCAGUACAGUCAUGAACUGUUGUGUGAUUUGUGAGGUGCUGAUGACAAUAUGGUUUGUGGGCAUUUCCUGUUGGAGAAGAUAUAAAAGCAGAGCCACGGCUAAUUUCAACAGAGAUUUGUUUUCAGGUCUGUUCAAAUGGAACUUCUAGACGGCAUGAGGGAAAUUGUUGCUUUUUUCCUUUUAAUCCAGUGGUCAACUUCAGACAACAGUUCUCUCGGUAUAGUUGCCACAUGCAACAAUGUUGAGCAUACAGUACACAAAGAAUGGUUUGAAAACCACAAAUCUAACCCUUCACCUUUACAUGAGCUGUCUGCAGAGCUGAGUGAAUCUCAAACCUCUAUCAUUAUAAGAUGGUCCAUCAAUAUUGAUAGCAGCAUUCGCAGUCUCGUUGGCACAUGGAUAAUACUUUCUGAAGAGUCUGACUCACGUUACAGAUGUCAGUACCAGCCUCCAUUUACCUCCGAGCGAAUCAACCUCACUGGUCAAGAACAGUUAUGGUUCAGUUUCACUGUGCCAAAUGUAUCUGCUUGUCCAUCAACCAGUUAUUACAUAUUUGCCUAUAAUAUUCCAACACCGACUGAUGGAGCGAAUGAAGAAUAUGGAAAGAUGACCCAAAUAGAUGAAGUUCAGUGGAAUGCUGACAUUUAUUCAGUGCUUCAUGGAGAUAAAAUAGUGGUGACCUUCAAUACGAGCCUCAUGGCGGACAGACACACCAUCGUACUGACAAACAGCACAUAUCUACCGUUAAGAACUGUUGGAGGGAAAGGGGAAUGCAAAGUAGAAAAAUGUGAAGUGAAACUAGAUUACAUGGAAUACAUGGGUCCCUGUGAAGACCUUACGAUAUGGAUAAAGCCUCACUUUAAAGACUGUCAGGAUAAAAGUGAAUGGAAGGAUCAAAAAGUGAACUGUACUAACAGAUCUGCUUUGGACAUUGGUGUUGGAUGUAUGAUGGCGCUUCUCUUCGUGCUUCUCUGUUGCUGCAUCAUGUGUCAAACCUUCCGCUGGAUUCGUGGCAUGAGGCGCGCUGCGUCCGUGCGCGUGCUGCUCGUGUACCCUGCAGUAGACAGUGUGUUUCAGCGCUCUGUGAUGCUGUUGGCUGAAAGUCUGCAGAGUCGUGGUGGAAUACACGUCGUCAUCGACAUGUGGGAGAGAGGAAGUUUAGCAGAACAAGGGCCACUUCGCUGGCUCAACACACAGGCCGACCUCUCCGAGAGAGUCCUCCUCAUCUCACCACCUCAGUGCACACACACGGACAACCUUAAAUCCAAACUAGUUCCUGGCAUGCGAGAUGACACAGUUUCAGCUUCUGCCAGCAAUCUUUUUGCCCUGGCCCUCAACCUCGUUACCAGUGCUGCCCAUGACCCACACGGCCGGGACAAGUUCUGGGUCAUCAACCUGGGGCAUGAUGAGAAGAGUGUGCAGACUGAGCUCAGAGGCUGCAGGAUGUUCGUUCUGCCAAGAGACUUGAAGAAGCUCCAUCGGCAGCUGUUGAGUGGAGCGGUCCAGAGCCCAGCGCUGCCGAGGUGCUUCUACUGCAAAAACACCCUGGAGCAGCUAGAAGUAAAUACAGACCCCCCAUCUAAUGAAAAGUGUGUCAGCCUGGCUGAAUCCAACGAAGAGGCCAAAAAUCAUUAUCUCUUGUCUUUGUGACUUUGUGUUUAUUUUUCAUCACGUUUAUCCUAAAAGAAAUGUAGCCAGACCACUGAUCUAUAUAUGACUGGAUCGCUUAUCACGUUCUAAACUGCCAACAGGCAGUUAAGCCACCAGAAGUGUUCGAUCCGCCAUCUUACUAAUCCCUACAGACAGAGAGCACCAUUGAGUCACAUGCAAACCGAUUUGCAUGCAAACCGAUUUGAAGCAAAUCAG